GAAAUCUUUAGAAAUCCAGACACUCUUAGAAGUAUUCUUUAGCAUAAAGCAUUAAACCUCAAUUCUGAAAAUGAUGAAGAUCUUUGUAUUUUUCUUGAUUGCUGCUGCUGGUCUGAUUUAUAUCUCCUCGGCCGCUAACAUUGAUAUAUGUCAAUUGGAACAUUCUGCUGAUGGUUUUAAUGGAACAGCUUGCUUGGCCUAUUUCCCAUGUUAUUCCUACAAUGUCGAGACUGAUGAGUGUGUACAAUUUAUUUAUGGAGGAUGUGGUGGAAAUGCAAAUCGUUUCGAUACCCUGGAAGAAUGUACCGGAACUUGUAAAAGAUGAAGUAUUUAAUAUAAAUUUCUAUAAAUAAUAUUUUUGGAAUAUUUGGUUAUU